AUGGCUAAUGAUUGGAGAAAAGAAUCUACAAGCCAGAAAUCAUUAAAAAAUACAUUAAAGAGACCUUCAACUGAUCUGUCUAACAUCUUUGAUGUGAAAAUUGAAUCACUUCUGCCACUUCCUGAGGACUUGAUUGCUCCCUGCUUGAGUAAGCGGAAAAAAUCACAAAGAAGUCAAAGAAAAUAUCAGUUUCCAUACUCUAAUGAGAGACAGAGAAAAGAAAAGUUCAGAAAAUUUUUGAUUGAGUUAUUAAAUCCACAGGAAGAUGAACAAGAAGAUGAGAAAGAAAAAGAUAUUGCUGGUGUCGAUUCCCAAUAUAUAACUCAAUAUUAUAAUUACAUAAAAAGUGGUGUAGAUACUCUUCAUGUUGUACCACUCGAUGCUACUUUUACAGAAAAAAUUACCCAAAUAAUUCCAUUAAAACUUCGAAAUAAAUUUCAGCGUCAUUUUGAAGAAUUAAUUAAAGAGGUUAAAGAGGAUCAUAUUGUUGCUGUUAAAAAAUCUAUCAUUGAUUUUAUUUUUCUUGAUACUUCUGAUGACAUUAAUGAUCAAGAUCAUCAAAACAUAUUUGAGGAAUUACUCGCAUUUAGAUCACCGAAAGCCUAUCAUAGGGAGCUUCAGAAUAUCUUUUAUCUCCCUAAUCCCUCUAUGAGGACAAUUUUGGAGCGUUGGAUUCGUGAUUGGAAAUCAUUUAGGCUCAUUGACCUAGGCUUUAUUGAAGCCAACCAAAAUAGCUGGAAUCAUAUUGAGUUUAACAAUACUAUUUGCACUCAAAUCAAAGAAAGAAAGAAGAUUUUAAAAGCUACAUGGUUCGGAAAUAUUCAAAACAUUUUUCUAAUAAAUGACAGGAAAAGAUUGAUACCUAGUCCGUUACAACAAAAAACUUUUCAAGGAUUUUUUAAUUGUGCUAAUAAGCUGAUGGAAAAUCAAUUACGUGAAAUGUGUGAAGAUACUUUAAGGAAUUUUGUUGAAUUUAUUUUUCAAAAUACUCACAUUACUAUAAUGGAGAUGAAUUGA